AUAUAAGCAAUAGAGAUUUUUAAGUACCAACAGUUGAAUAAUUUGGCCACAUAGUGCGUAGAACGUAUCAUGAUUGAACUUCUAUUUUAGAAGUUAUAUAGGAAUUUAGUUGAGACUAUCGUGAACGGCGCGCGAUGGCUGAACUUAAAAGUACAAUUCCGGGCCUCGUACCUUUUCCGGGUAGGAACAAGAUACUAAGGACACCCUACUCGUAUCUCGAAAGUAGAAGAGAAGUCGAUGGUGCAGAAGACUUGUGGAGGGUUGGAAAUGGUUUAUAUGAUUUGGAAAAGUUUAUCAAGUUUCAUCCCGGAGGGUCAGAGUGGAUUGAACUUACCAGAGGAACCGACAUAACAGAACUUUUUGAGUCUCAUCAUCUGACCGAUAAGCCAGCAAGGGUUCUUUCGAAAUACUAUAUAAGGGAUGCAGUUACGCCGCGAUCGGUACCAGUAACCUUUGAACCAAAUGGAUUCUAUAAAACCUUCAAGGGACGUGCACUCGAGGCCUUGAAAGACGUCGAUUUCCAUCAUCCAUCGUUAAAGUCGAAUGUAAUUGCCGAUUCUCUUGUUAUCACUACUCUUACCCUUUGUAUGACUGCAGUCUCUUGGCAAUCUUACAUGUUAGUCGCAGCCGCUGGGACUUUCCUGGCGUGGACGACGAUAAUCGCUCACAAUUUUUUCCACAUGAGGGACAAUUUCCGAAUGUACUAUUUCGAUUUGAGCGUAAUGUCGUCCAAAGAGUGGCGCAUAACGCAUGCCAUGAGCCAUCAUAGUUACCCAAAUACUAUCUGGGACUAUGAGAUGUAUGUGACCGAGCCUAUGCUCAACUGGCUGCCCAGUGACAAGAAAACUAGAAUCGGAAGCUUCAUUAGCCAAAUCAUGAGCCCGAUCCUCUAUUCGAUCGUUUUCAUUGGUCAAUUAAUCAAAAGGUACUAUUCCGUGAUCUUCGAAUACAAAUCCUUCGAAUACCGCGACGCGCUGCCAUUCUUGAUACCAGUGUUAAUGUGUUACACCGCACCGAGCAUCGUGGUUGCUGUUAAAUACUGGUUAAUGAUCAUCACGGCGUGCAGUUUCGUGUUCAGCAUGAUCGGAUUUAACGCAGCCCACCAUCAUCCCGAUAUCUUCCACGACGGAGACAUAUGCAGGGAGAAUCUCGACUGGGGCUUGCUGGAAUUGGACGCCGUUAGGGAGCGCGAAGUGAUCGACGAUUCCGAUUUUCUCUGUCUGACCAAUUUCGGUCGGCACGGUCUCCAUCAUAUGCUGCCGACCGUGGAUCACGCUUAUCUGCCUCUUUGCAUGGACGCUUUCGUGCAAACGUGCAAAGAAUUCGGCGUCAGUACGAAAAAGUACACGCAAUGGGAGCUCGUGAAGGGCCAGUUUCAGCAGCUGGAACGCAGGGAGCCGAGGAAGAAUCAAAGAUAAUGGGGGAAGCUAGAUUAUAAAAUGUCGUUUGAUUGUGCAACGGAAGACUGAAAAUGUGCGAAUAGCAACGCCUCGAAUCGUCAGAGAUGCUGCGAAAUAAUAAAUUAUCGAAGUUUUAUGCAUUUCCCGAGUGUUAUCUGAAAUCCGCGCGGCAAAUGGUGCCAGCGUCCUAUGUACAUAUUUUUUACAAAAUCCUUUUUCGUAAAUAUAACAGUGAUAUCUGACUGAAA